AUGUUGAGUUCAAGUGAUUUACUGCCAAUUUUGUGAUUCUCCGAGGGAUAUGAGAUCACGAUUAAAAAAAUUGUAUGCUCUGAAAUGCUAAUUUUUUAUCUACCGGCUAAUGCAAAGUUUUCUAAUGCUAAAAGUGAGGUAGAAGACUAUGAAUUCAGUCUCUAUGGUGUUAUAUGCUACUAUGGUUCUGAAAAUAUUGGGCAUUAUGCAGCUUAUAUAUUGUAUUUGGUUAAUUUUGAACAAAUAUGAUGCAGUAAUGAGGUUUGCCAGUGGCUUUUUUAGAAAUUAUCAUUUUAGGGAUUAUAAUUGCUUAA